GAUGGCGUCCUCCUUGUCGGAGGAGGAGUUCCAUCGGAUGCAGCUACAACUAAUAGAUUUAAGGACUGCAAGCUAUGAAUUAGAAGGAAAAUGCAAAAAACAAGAAAGAGAAAUCACAACAUGGGUUGAGAAGACAGAUCAACUGGAGAAAGAUCUUCUGAAGGCAAAUAAGGCAAUACACAAAAGCAAGAAGGCAAAGGAAGUUGAGUUACUUCUUCAGGAGAAUGACACGCUGCAAAGAAAGCUUGAGAGUCAAGAGGAAGAUUUCCGUCUACAGAAUCAGACGCUCAUGACAGAACUGUCCACACUUGUGUCAGCCAACGAAGACUUGGAGAAGAGGAUGAAGUCAUGUGUUGGAGAAGACGUCAUUGACAGCUUAAAUGCCUCGACCACCUCAGAGGUUGAUGAUGAAAUUCGUCACCUCAAGGCCCAGAAUGCAGCCUUACAGAAAAACCUGACUGUGUAUAAAGAGAAGUAUGAGAAACAGAUAGCCCUACUUUCUCCUCCAAGUUCUCCUGAAAAAUCAGCUGAGCUGUCCGAUGUAGAUAGUCAGCCCACAACUGGAGAUGAACCAAGUGAGGAUAUUGAUGAGAUUGUGCCUCAACCUAAGUCUGUGGCAGAGAAGAAACCCUCGGUGAACCAUGUACCAGUGACAGAGGGCUUGUCAAGUGAGAUUAAUGAUUUGAUGUUGAAUUUAGAUACGGAAAUGGAAGAAAAAAGAAUUUUAAAGGAGCAGCUGAUUAAUAAUGAGAAAAAAUUUCAAGAAAAAACAUCUGCACUUCAAGAUGAACUAGAAAAGUUAUCUGAAAAAUUAAAGAAAAAACAAGAAAGCUACAAACAGCUUCAGGAAGAAAAGGAACAACUGUUUAGGGAACAAAGUAAGAAGACCGAGGAGCUACAGAGUGCUCGAGAUCGGGACCAGAAAUAUUAUACUGACCAAGUAACACGUUGUCAACAGGAGACAGAAAAACUGAGACAGGCUUUAGAUGAAAAGGAAAUGACAUCACAUAACACAAUAGUGGGUCUGCAGCGGCAAAUGGCCUCUCUUCAACAACAGGUGGACGCUGCCAGUAUAGUUGGUAAUCAACAGUUACAUGAGGAGACCACUAAGCACCGACAACAGAUCGAGGGACUACUGGCUCAGGUGGCUUCUUUAGAACAGAUGCGAGAUGACCUUAGAGUUCAGUUAGAGGCCAGUAAACAAGCAUGCCAGGAGACACUGGAGCAGUUGUAUGCUGUUCAGAAGGACCGUGAUACUCGUAUUCAGGAGUGGCAGGAGGCCAACAAGAUUGCAGAGAAAAGGAAGAACAUGCUUGACGAACUAGCAAAUACAUAUCAAAGGGACAAUGCCAGUCACCAAGACAAGCUGAGACAACUGGAGGAAGCCCACGAGGCAGAGGUCAAAGUUCUCCAGGCUAAACUGGUCUCAGAACAGGGACAGAGUGCUGAAUGUAUGAAGCUUCGUCAGCAAGUUGAUGAACUUAAGGCACAGAGUCAGUCAGUGGAGGAAGCUAAGGGUUGGUUAGAGAGACGUCUGCAGGAAGUUGAGCAAAAUUUGAAAGACAAGGUGGUUGAGAACGCUGCGACAUUAAGUCGUGUUGAGGUGGAACAUGAGUCUGCCCUGACACGCCUCCAGGAGGUGAACCAAGAAAAACUGGAUAGCUUUAAGGAAAAGUACGAGGAAACUUACAAGCUAAGCUGUGAUAAAGAGGAAUCUCUUAAAGCUGAACUUCAAACAUACGAGAAGGAAAUCAACAAAUUAAAACAAGAAAUUUCAGAUAGUGUUGACGAGAGGAAAAUACACGAAAAGAAAGGUUUAACAAUGCUAAAAGAUCUGAAACGCCAGCUACAUGCAGAGAGAAAGCGUGCCGAGAAGUUACAAGAUAGACUACAGGAAACUCUGUCGGAGAAUCAACAAGGGAAAACUAUGGAGGAUAUGUUUGGCUCAUUUGAUGGAGACAGUUCUCUGAGAGAAGACAGAAGUUCUGUGUCCUCCUGGAGUGUGGGAGCCAGUUUAGCCAAAGACAUCAGUAACACAAGUGGACCUCAGUCCCCAGAUAGACUACAGAGUCCCCUGGGGGAUUUGGAACAAGAGCAUAAUGAUUUGGUGUCCAGACUGGCAGAACUACAACAGGAGAAAUGGAAUAUGGAAGAGAAGGUGUCUCAUCUAGAGAUGAGCACAGCAGCUAUGGCGGAAGAUCUCAUCUCCAAAACAAAAAUUAUUGAGCAUUAUGUUAUGGAUAGUCGAGCGGACCCCAAACCACAUACUGGAAACCAUGACGAUAAACUUACACUGAAGAAGGUGCUAGACCUUGUGAAUAAAUCUGAUGAACAGGGACUGAAGGAAAUGAACCGAAAGUUACAACGGAUGUUAGAAGAAACACUUACCAAAAACAUGCACCUUCAAAAGGAUCUGGAGAUGCUAUCCGAGGAGGUAGUUCGACUGAGUAAGGUUCAGCACGUCCAGACACCAGAAGUUACCCAGCACUAUCAGGGCAGUGGUCCACAGAACAGUCUAACCAAGGAAACAGUAACCAUGGAAAUGAAUAUCACCCAAGCCACAUGACACAGAACACCUGGAGAGACGCACUACUUAAAACAACAUUUGUCUUCAUGUUGCUCCGGUAGAUAGUUGAACGGACGCGCGAGAAGGGUCUACCAGACACUUCACCAUCCUAGUGUUUCCUCCCCACGUGACAUGACAUCACGGCAUCGCGUCAUCAAUCAGCGCUGGAUUCACGACUGGUUGCUGGAUCGCAUAGAAGCCAUGUUGACGAGAGUUAUCAUAAUCCUGUGGACAGAACUGCCAUAUCGCUGAUAAUAAUACUCCCGUAAAGUCAUCUGCUGCUUUCCAUCAUCAUGUAUAUAGUUUUUGCCAUCAAACUUUUUUUACUUUUCUUUACUCUAUAUAAGGCUGAUAAUAACUUCAGUGACACAAUCUUGAUGUAAGCUGUGCUGCUCUGCCUCAAUAGUAUGAUGUUCGUCCGUCAUGCAAGCCCCCAAUUGAUCCGUGUUUGUAAUUACGUCCUAACCCCGAUUCAAUUAUAUGUCAAAGGUCAGAAGUGCCAAAAUAUCUAGAGUGAAUUCUGCAUAACUACCAACCAUUUGAGUAACGUUAAAUUUACGUCACGACAUGUAGAGUUUGACAAGCUGGCGGUGGUCAGAGUUUUAUUAAUAAGACUUGACACGAAUCGUUGCCAUCUAUUACAACUGACAGAUAUCUAAAGUAUUUUGUGUAAAACAUGUAGCAGGUGGAUCGAUGGAUACUUCCUAUGUGAAUAGCUGUACUCUGAAGGUUCCCGCUGGUAACAAUGACGGAGAACAAUGAAAAGUAGGCAGGUCGCCUAGCUCUUGAGCUACCAGGCUGUGGUUGGGCUAAGGUCAGCCGUGCUCCCAAAUUCUUCUAUCGGUGGACAAAAGCAAAGGGCAGAUUUUACCGUUUGCACUCUAACAUUUUUUCAUGCAAUAUGAUGCGAAAUUCAAUUAUUCCAAAUGUUAUGUUGAAAUGUUUAAGCCUGUGUAAGGUUUCUGUAUGUGUAUGUGUCAUUGCCAAAUGUUGUUAUGUUGAUCUUACAAAUGUUUGCUUUUCAAACUUAUUUAUCGCAAAUGCCACAUGAUAUUCCGUUUAAUUUCCUCUCUAUUCUGUUUUGAAUGCCUUCAUUUUCCCUAUCAGGAGGUAAGAGAUAAUUUGGAACACGUGUUUAACAUUUGACAUAAAUAUGUCUGCUUUGUUAGUAGUACGGUCGUGUAUAUGACAUAAAACUCAGACAUAAGAAAUACACUGAUUGACCAUUGUAAUGAUAAGUGCGACUUUAAAGCUGUUCUCAUCAAGGAGAUCUGAAAUGUUAACAAACUACUGUAUGUGAUGAUAAUCUUCAAUCAUAACUAACACGACUGAAUACUUACGCAUGCGCAUACGAAUGUCAUUUCUUUUGACAGAAUGCAUCAUUAUCUGUAUCCUAUAACUGGCGCUACCAUUGUCGGAAUACACCUGCCACAUAUAUUUCGCUGUAUUUGACAGGGAGGGAGAAAAACUGUAUUUCAGCACGUGCAUUAGUUCGCUAGAAUUAUUUCCUAAUCUAUUUUGAUGUUCAAGUUUAAGAAAAUUCAUAAAAUUGGCGUUAUAUCCGUUCAACUUUGGUUGGAAUUCUACUUCAUUGCUGAACAAUUCAUAGUUACUCCAACGUCAGGUAAACGCAGAUUGAACAACUAAGGGUUUCACUAGUCUGCAAUGUCAAUCAUUGUUUAGGAUAAAUGAAAAAAACAUGGUCGGUAUCGAAGAUGUAAGCGGCAAUUUGCUCCGGACAGAAAGACUAAAGUUGCUCGUCACGUUUGUCCUUCGCCUUCGACAAACUACAAUUAAUGUUAUACGAUACUGGCAAUAUAUUCUCUGUAGAUCCUGCAACUGGCGCUGCUGGAAGACAUCUGUCACAGAAUUACUUAAAGAAUUACUUGAAUAUAACAUUUAGGAUAUGACAGACUGAUGAAAUAUGAGGGAUUUUGUUUGGUAUAUCCUAACUUAGGCUUAAGAUAAAACAGUUUUAACAAAAUCGGCUAUAAUGUUUCGAUAGUCUGAAUGUCAUCAGAUACAAGCUGUAUUUCAUGAAAACUGAUGUUCUGUAUGUAUGUCUUUCUAUAUUACUAAAACCUGACUUUUAUGUCAGCAGAAUUGCAGUCCUGGUAUUGAUAUUUAGAAGUUUAUACAGUAUUUUAAGCAAACUGUUUAUUCGACGAUGUCAGAUCAGAUGUCGUCGUUCUAACCACCACGUGUUUUUACGAAGUCUGAAGGAUAUUUUGAGACCAUACUUCCGUUAGAGACACUAAUACGUACAGUUUUUGCUCGUUUUCAAGCCCUGCAUUUCUAGGGCGAUAAAUAGAAAAAAAGCAGUUGGAGCACAUUUCAAAGAGUAAGAUAGACAGAUAUGUGCUUAUGUGAGGUUUAAACCAUACUCUAGUUAGAAACACAAACACUGUAUGUUAGGAACACAAACACUGUAUGUGCUGGUUUUGCUCAUUUUGAUGCCAUGCGUUUUUAAAGCAAUGUGAGUUCAAUUCGCUGCUAUACUCGAGAAAGAGAGAAAGAUAUGUGCCAUGCGUUUUAAGGGCAAGAGAUAUGUACUGUUUGGGAUCAAUUCGAAGUGCGUUUUAAGGGCAAGAGAUAUGUGCUGUUCGGGCUCAAUUCGAAGUGUGUUUUACUAAGGGAGAUACAUGCAGCGUAUUUGGAAGCCAUACAUGAAGACAGAUAUGUACUAUUGUUUGCUGUACUUCAGUUCGCACAUGGUAUGCAUGAUUCUUUGCUCAUUUUUGAAGCCAUAUUUGGAUACGGGUGACAAAUACGUGCUAUAGUUUGCCAACUUUGAAGCCAUACCUAAAGAGAAAGACGUUUUUAUCUGUUUUAUUGCUGAUAAAAAUUACGUAUUAUAAUCAUGCUUACAUUUGUAUUUUACAACUCUGGCCCCUGUUUUCUGGUACUAUAGGGAUGUUCUUUAACUUAAUAUUGCUAUAGGAAAGCAUUAAAUAUUUCCAGAAAUUUAACUUUUCCUUUAACUUACAUAAAUGUCUGACUUUCUAUGGUGAUUAAGUAAAACACCGGGUUAUCCACCCGAGUAUAAAACUCCUCACCUGUCAAAGUAUAUUACUUUGUUCUAAUCAGUGGUUAUAGCUACACCACAACAUGUUGUUUCUCUUUUCUGAAUAUGUGUUCAUUUUCUCCUGUUUUCCUCACGGUCGAUGGGUUCGAUUAUAGGAAAGUAAAAGCAAAAAUGUAGAAUUUAGUAGAUGCUUCCGAAUUUUUUAAUCCUUUCGACGUCACAAAACCAUAUGAUAUAUCGCUUUUUCGAGUUGCUAUUUUUAUUGUCUAUAACAUUUAAAUCGAACCGACGUCUUGUCAGGAAGAUAUGGAGAAUUAUAUUAGAGUUGGUGCCGUCAGUUCUCUAUAUAAUGACGAUUUAUCAUUCCUUAUUAUAAAACCUUAUGUGAUACAUUAAACUUGACUGCAAUUUGUAA